ACUUGAUCCAUAAAAUAGUAGUACCUCUUAAAAUUUCCGCUUCUCCCUUACCAAAUGAGGAAGGGUGCAUUUGUAUUGAUAUUCUUGGUAUGGGCUUUCAUCACCAUCAUCACUCCUACACUCGUUCAAUGGUCUAUUGUUGCUGCUCAACCUCAUCCUCAGGUCACAACACAUGAUUCAAUACAUGAAAAGCCUAAUAAUGAUGAAGGAAUAGUAAAACACAGAAGAAUGCUGGUGCUGAUUGACGGAAUGAAUACGAGAAAAGUUCCAACAGCUGAGCCAGCAUUACCACCUAAUUCAACUGUCCCUCAGCCUGCACCAUCAUUGGAGCAUCCAUCCAACCAUGAGGCAGAAAGAUGAUCCGUUUACUAAGGGAUGUUUUUGACAUUGUAAAUCAUGAUGAUUAUUAUCAUUAGAUGCAUAACAUAGAUGUGAAUGAACAAAAGAGGUAUAUACAUCAUAAAAAUUCAAUCUUCAUUGGACAAAUGGAAGUCUGGAAGUAAUUUUCUCCCCUCUUACAUCCUCCAUACCAUACACGAUAUUGGAGGAGAAUGUGAGAGGAUGUAAAAUUGUAUAUAA